AUGCCCGACUGGCAGGGCAUUCUUUGUGCGAUAUCUGUGGUGAACACAACGAGCAGCAAGAAUGUCUUCGCGAAGCCCCUCGAUGCGGUUCCUGAAACCGCUGGUGAAUCUACUGGUGAAGGUGCAGGCGGAGAACAACCCCUGGCGCAGCAGGAGGGCGGCCCGAGCCGUUCUUGGACUGGGGGUCCGCCAUCGACACACUCAAAGGUCACCAGCGCGAGCACAGCAUCGAGGAAGAGACGUCUCGAGCUUCAAGCUGCCGAGGAACGGGCCAAAAUAAGGAAGGCUGCCAUUCAAGAACGAGAGAGGAUUGAUCUGGAGCUUGUGGACCAAAGGUUACAAGCGGACCUGCUGGAUGCGGAAGAUGAGAAUCGGGCCCAGGGCAGCCGGGAGGCGUCAAUUGGCGACACGGCUGGAGGUGCAAUUGAACGGAACAUCCACCAAUGGAUGGAAGACUCUGAGCGGAUUGCGUCGCCUCCGAUGAAUGAAGCCAUGAAGACUGUUGAGCCUGAACAGCCGGCGCGUUCCUUGGGCGAGUCUAGUCGUGAUGGAAUUCGCCAGUUAACCGCGGCUAUAACGCGGACAUUGGACGCAGUGCAAGAAAACAAUGCAUCUGAGCGCACAACAGGACACCUGGUUAACCGAUUGUCAUCGAUGAAGGAUCGCCCAGUCUUUGGCGGUGACGUGCUCGAGUGGCCCGCGUUUAGGCGUGCGUUUCACUUAUCCACCGCAAAGGGUGCAUAUUCCGAAGAGGAGAACCUAGCGCGAUUGUACGGAUGCUUGCGAGGCAAGGCAAGGGAGGCCGUGUCGUCCCUGAUGAUCACGAAGAAGACGACUGCUGAAAUAAUAGGCGCCCUGCAAUUGCGCUUCGGCAAUCCUGAUAUGGUUGCACAGAAGGUGCUGCAAGAAAUAAAACGCUUGCCUAAAAUAGAAGCAGGUCUGGGCAAUCUGGUCGUCGUCGCCACACAAGUAAGGAAUUGUGUGGCAGCCAUGGAGGCAGCCAACCACUUGGGCUACUUACAUAGUCCGGAGUUGGGGGCGCAAAUCAUUGACAGAAUGCCUCCCGCACUGAUUCACCAGUAUACGCGCUUCGCACAAGGGAGUCAGGAGCCAGAGGAACCUCGACUGGUGAGAUUGGCGAAUUUUCUGUUCUGCGAGGCUGAGCUUGUGACGAAGGCAGGUAUCUGUCGGGUAACCGAGGAGCGCCCGAGCCAAGCUGGACGGCGCGUGGAAGGGCAAAGAGGCCUCCGCCGGGCGAACGCCCGUCUACAAAGAGAUACUGUCCUAAUCACUCACAAAUCUGCAACCGACGAUCGACCUACACGAAAAGGGAAGAGCGAUGGAACACGUCGGAGUGAGAGGUGCGGUUAUUGCAAAGCUGCAUGGCAUACCACAUUCCAGUGCCCGCAGUUUAAGAAGAUCAGUGUCCAAGAGCGCUGGAAGUGGGCUAGACGGACAGGUGUCUGCUUUCUAUGCCUUGUUGAAAAGCAUCAGCGGUCCCGGUGCGAGGCAGCGCGCUGUGACCGCGCAGGGUGUGAUCAAGCACACCAUACCUUAUUACACGGUGCUUCUGGAAGGGCCAAGAAGACGACCGAGAUCGGGCCGUCGCGGUCAGAAACUCAGGAUACUGACAGAGAGGUCACGGCCAAUACUUGGUCCCAAGGGAGCCGACGUAUUUUAUUAAAGGUCCUUCCAGUAUGCCUGACUGGCCCACGAGGCGACGUUAACACGUACGCCCUAUUGGACGAAGGAUCCACCGUGACGUUGGUGGACGCAGGUGUAGCAAAGGCUAUCGGAGCGCACGGAGCGCAGAUCAGACUUUCCCUACAAGGAGUGCGAGGUAUGGAAAUAUCUGAACCCAACAGUAAAACGGUGACCUUUGCGAUAAGCGGGACGCCCCACGGACCAAGCUAUACGGUGUCGGGCGCCCGUACGGUGCAACAAUUGGCUCUUCCAUGUCAGUCCCUUCGAGAGGAGGACCUGAAACGAUUCGAACAUCUCGGUGGUGUGACUGCUGAGUGCUACUCAAAUGCGGACCCCAAGGUGUUGCUCGGGCAGGAUAACUGGGAUCUCAUAAUUUCCCGCGAAGUGCGCGAGGCAGGGCGGAAUGCUCCUGUAGCCUCUCGUACUGGGCUGGGAUGGGUUAUCCAUGGAUACGCCCCAUCUAGAAACAAGCGCGGGAAUGGCGAACUUGCCCUCGCCUUGAACGAUCCGGAGGCCUGUGGGGCAGGGUACGCUGACAUGGGAGGCGAUCACAGAAAUGAAGACCUCCAUGCCUUGAUAAAGGCUAAUUUUGCGUUCGAAGGAAUGGGCAUCACUGUGCAGAGCAGGAAACCUGCAGCGAUCCAACGAGCAGAAAAGCUGUUGGAUGCCACAACACGUCAAAUCGAAGGACAGUGGGAGACGGGAUUAUUGUGGAGACACGAUACAAUAGAAUUCCCGGAUAGCCGAAACACGGCCCUGAAUCGGCUCGAAGCGUUAGAACGCAAAAUGGACCGCAAUCCUGAGUUUCGCGCGGCAUAUCAAAAAGAAGUGAAUAGCCUCCUUGAAAGUGGUUAUGCGACCAGGGUUGGCGAAGCAGAGGAUUGCUCAAAAAGAGUGUGGUAUUUGCCACACUUCGGCGUGACAAACCCAAAUAAGCCGGGGAAACUAAGGCUAGUAUUUGAUGCAGCCGCGAAGACGCGGGGUGUGUCUCUGAAUGACAAAUUGCUGAGUGGACCUGACCUGCUAAAUUCGCUAUUGGGAGUCCUCAUGCGAUUUAGACAGCGCCGUGUGGCAUUCACCGGUGAUAUAAAGGAAAUGUUCUUACGUAUCAAGAUUCGGCCAGAGGAUCGAUGUGCGCAACGAUUUUUGUGGCGUGAGGAACGGGGACGACAACCGGACACGUAUCAUAUGACAUCAAUGAUAUUUGGGGCCGCUUCGUCACCGUGUUCGGCCCUUUAUGUCAAAAAUAUAAAUGCGCGAGCGUUUGAAGAAAAAUUUCCAACAGCCUGUAACGCCAUCAUUAAAAAACACUACAUGGAUGACUACCUGGAUAGCGUGGACACCGAGGAGGAAGCUAUACGCCUAAUUCGUGAAGUGACCGAGAUUCACCGACAGGGAGGAUUUGAGAUCCGCGGGUGGUCCAGCAAUAGUGAACGAGUUCAGAGCAGCUUAACAGCGAACAAAGCGGCGACUGGAAACGUCAACCUGGCAUUAUGUGAGCACCCUGUGGAGAGAACCCUGGGGGUCAUGUGGAACCCCUGCACUGACACGCUUUCCUUCGACCUCAGUAUGAAGAAGAUACCGACGGACAUCAUGGAAGGGAGGCGCAAGCCCACCAAACGAGAAAUGCUGCGAGUAAUAAUGUCAGUGUUUGAUCCCCAAGGUUUCCUAGCGCCCUUUACAAUUCGUAGCAAACUAUUGCUGCAGAACGUGUGGCGUAGCGGCAUUGGAUGGGACACACAACUAAAAGACGAAGAAUAUGAGCUAUGGCAACGCUGGAUGAAAGAUUUAAAAAAUAUCACGGGCUGCACUGUGCCUCGCUGUUACGCUGUUCGUGCCCAACAACCAAUAGACGCCGAGCUCCAUGUUUUUUGUGACGCAAGCGAGAAAGCGUUCGCCGCGGUCGCAUACUGGCGAUUACGCUAUGAUGCUACCACCACCGACGUCGCAUUUAUAGCGGGAAAGAGCAGGGUAGCGCCCCUGAAACUAGUCUCUAUCCCGCGGAUGGAGCUGCAGGCGGCCGUGUUGGCCGUCCGAUUAGCUCAAACCAUCACUGAAGAGCAUGAAAUAAAAGCAUCCAAGCGUAGAUACUGGACGGAUUCACGCACUGUCUUAUUAUGGAUAAAAUCUGAUCCCCGAAAGUAUAAAGCGUUUGUAGCGCAUCGUCUAGGAGAGAUCGACGACAUGACAAAGGUCGACGAAUGGAGAUGGGUUCCUACGAAGCAGAACCCCGCAGACGAUGCAACCAGAGGCAAUGAGACAACACUGACAGCGAACUCAAGAUGGUUGCAGGGCCCAUCCUUUCUCACGCGGGAUGAGUCGGAAUGGCCGACAUCGAUACCAUUGCGAGGUUUGGACCGCACCAGGGGCGAGCAACGACGACAAUUUGUGGCCGUCAGUACUGAGAAGCUCCAGAGUUCUCUGCCAAGCGUGAACCGAUUUUCUUCAUGGUUGCGGCUUGUGCGAGCGACGGCGUGGGUACUCGUAUUCAUUGCUCGAUGCAGGAAAACAUCGAAUUCAGGAAUUAACAGCGAAUACAUUGAAAGAGCAGAACGACUCUGGAUGAAGAAAGCCCAGGAGGAUAGUUUUGGUCCAGAACUAGUGGCGUUGAAGCAAGGACAGGCAGUGGACAGAAGCAGCCGACUAUUCCAGCUGUCCCCCACGGUAGAUGCGAGUGGGCUGAUGCGGUUGCAGGGACGCAUCAGCGCCACGGUAGAUAUCCCGGAGGCGAUGAAGUUUCCGGUCAUUCUGGACGGUCGACAUCCAUACACGCGAUUGCUCGCUAUGCAUUACCAUCAGAGGGCUGGUCACGGAAGCCCCGAGACAGUGGUCAACGAACUGAGACAGCGGUAUUGGGUGCUGAAUCUCAGGCCAACGGUACGGCAGGUGGCCAGCCAUUGCCAGUGGUGUCGGGUGCAGAGAGCGAAACCGCAGCAGCCCAGGAUGGGAGAUCUACCGCACGCACGCGACGUUGGUGAAGGAUGGUUCCACGGGUAUCUCAUCGUCGUCGCAGCCAGUUUUACCGCUCGGGUAGAUGUAGCCGAUUAUCCGACGCAAUCCCUGUGCCAUGAGUAA